GGAAGUGGGCGUAUAAAAGACAGGACAGGGAACACGGGAAGUCAGUGUCCGUUUGGGGCAUCUAGGAGGCAGGACAGCGCACUAGGAUGAAGCACGGUGUUUUCCUGGCGCUGCUCGUGGCCUUGGCCCUCGUGGCUCUGGCGCUGGCCGGCCCGCUGCCCGAGGCCGCCGCCGCCGCCGUGCCCAGCGCCAACCCGGCUGCCGCGCCCGAGGCCAAGGCGGAGGCCGCGCCCGAGGCCGACCCGCACCGCAGGCGCUGGUUCGGGCGGGGGCGGCGGUUCGGCUACGGCGGAUAUGGCCUCGGGAUUGGCAUUGGAUUUGGCCACGGUGGGUAUGGCGGAUAUGGCCAUGGCGGAUACGGUCAUGGCGGAUAUGGCCAUGGCGGAUACGGCCAUUACGGCCACGGCGGAUACGGGAUUCGGCCAUGGUUAUGGGCACGGCCAUGGCUAUGGCUACCACAGGCCUCAUUACCACUAUGGUUGAUGAUAGGGAGACGACUCAUGAUGACUUGACGCUGAAUUCAGGAUCACCUUCUGUCGAGCCGUCUGUCAUCUGGCCAGGUGGAGGAAGGGAAAUCGCCGAGCCACAUGUCCUGGACUUGUAGAAAUUCGGUUUUGGAUGUUGUUCUGUUUGUAAUACACUGUCAAAUUUA